AUGACGUUAUCCAACGGCCUUCCCCGGUCCAAGGCCUGCAGGGCGCAGGCGACGGCUCAUUUGAAGGAGGUCAUCACGCCCGAGCUUCUCGAGAAGCUGCGUCGGUUUUGGUUUAAGCAUUUACAUACCGAGGAGGCAUUCAUCUUGCCGCAGAAGAAUCAGCUAGGGCGAUGGUUCUUCGCGGACGCGGACUUCGAUGCAGCAUGCAUCCGAAAAUUUCGCCCGGCUCUUGAAGCCAUGAAGUCCUCGAGAGCCACCACGAAGGACAUCAUCGCCAUAGUGAGGCCCAUCACGCCACUCCAGUGGUUGAGCCUCGUCAUCCUGCUCGACCAAGUCCCGCGCAACUGCUAUCGCGGCACAGAAUCCUCCACCGUGUUCAAGUUCUUCGAUCCACUCGCCAGAGACAUCGCGAAUCAUGCCAUUCUGGCUGGCGCGACAACGCACAAUAGGACCAAGUACCGCGUGGCCUAUCGCAUGUGGUUCUAUCUUCCACUCAUGCACUCGGAGGAUCUCAAGCUACAUGACGCGGCGCUCAAGCACUACAAGCAGAUGAAGGAUGAGUUUGAAGAGCUCAUGGCCGAAGACGGCUCCGUUGGUGACGAUGAUAGAAGGAAGUGCUGGGGUGUACUGGCCAUGCAGAAGGAGACGGCGAGAGAUUUGGUUGAGACCAAUUACGACUUUGAGAUGAAGCAUCGGGAUAUCAUUGCACAGUUCGGGAGGUAUCCCCACCGGAACUACGCGAUGCAUCGUCAAUCAACUCCAGAGGAGAAGGAAUACUUGAAGAGUGGCGGAGAGACGUUCAACAGUAGUGGAGAGAACGAAGGUAAAUGA